AUGAAAGAAUGGAUAUACGAGAGUAAUAUGCGUACGACCGAUAUUGAUAGGCAGGAGAUGUUGUUUCUUGUUGGCCUAUUCUUGGUGACAGUUGUGUCGGCAAGGCUCAGUCCGAGCGAUAGGCCUGUUUUAAUCAGACUUCAACCUCAACCACACCGACCGAAUUUCAUGAAGGACCUGACACCGCCAAAGACCUUCCAGUCCACUGCACAAAAGCCUUCGGUUCCAUCCAGACCAGACAUCACUCAAACUCCAACGGCUGCGCCACCAGGCGCUCAUCAGCCCGUUAUAGCGCAGACGACUUCAUCUGAACAAAAGUUUAUACCUCGUGAAAUUGUCACACCUCCUCCGCCACCACCAGUCAAUAUUCCAACCGAUGUGCAAAACCAACUUAUCAAAUUCUUCGGACUAGAUAGUUUUGGUAUUCCCGGACUCACUGGUAACCAUCCAAAUGGUUUCGCUGGUGCUAUACAGGAACUAAGAGCAGCUGGCUUUCCGGUACAAGGUUUGCCGUUCGAACACGCAACAGGCGGUGCUGCUCCUCAAGCGCCACAAUCGGAUGUCCUAACACAGGCCAAUCCAGCGUUUGGUAACCAGCUGAAUCAGUUGCUGAAUGAAGCGAGUGGACCAACUAAUUAUCAUGGGUCUGGCAACGUCCCUCUUCCUGAAUCGACACCUGGCGAGAACGGACUCAUUGGACUGCUCUCGAGUUCUAUCAAAAAGCUUGUUCAAGAUUCUGGCGUCGCCGAUGCUAUCUCACAAGGCCUCCCAACCGUACUCGGUACACGGGCAUCCUCCUCAUCGGAUAUUGCGACCGCACACUCGACAGAUUCAGUAUCCUCACAAGCUAUCUCUAAAGAGGAUAUUCCUCACUCAUCUGGCAUACGUCGUCAGCAAACUAUUGCACAAAAAGCACUUUCCGGUAUUGCUGCCGCACUCGGAGGUGGUGGUAAUGGACCCACACAUGCUGGCUUGCCUCGUAUUCCGGGCAUUCCUCUGCUACCCGGUGGCAUCCCAAGAAAUGCGCAAGGUCAAAUUGACGUUGUGCAGUUGAUCGGUUCAAUAACACGAAGAAUUUCGAAUGGAACAACAAUCGCUGAUGUACUUCCACCUGAGCAACUGCAAACUUUAGCAGACAACGUAACUGAUGCUCUUCUGCCAGCAACACCUGAGAAUUUUGAUUUGCACAAAUUUAUGGGUCGAUGGUUUGAAGGUAUCAACAGCCCACGUGCCACCGAACAACGAUGUGUUGUUCAUCAUUAUGGUGGUUUAACAAAGAACGCUAAAACGGCCACAUUCACCGCGUUGAAGAUUUAUCGCGAAGGAAGUGAGUUCGGACCGGUGCGAUAUUCAAUUGGUUAUGCAUUCCGAGGUGGUAACAAAGAUACAAUGCUACAACUUCAUAGUUCCGAGAGUGCCGAUGCUCAGCCAUUUUGGAUUUAUAAACUUGGUCCUGAGGGUAAAGACCCAUUCGGAAACACACAGUAUGAGUGGGCGAUUGUGUCGAAUUGGGUGAAAUAUCCAGUGACAGUGCUGGUUCGUGAUCCAGAUACAUUCAAAGCAAAAUAUGAAGUGGAAGUGUUACGAUGGCUGGAGGAUCAGGGCUUCAUCAAUGGCUUCAUUCGUGCCUUCAAUAUGCUGCAGCCAGCUGGAUACGGCUCGUGUCAAUAUGCUGAUAGUACAUUCGAAGUAUUUGGACCUAGGGCGGGGGUCAAUAACCGUCGAUUUGUGAACGAGUGUCGUUUGCGUUUUGCAAUCAGUGAAUCACAUCCAGUGAUGCAAGCCGCCACACUUCUGUUGCUCGCAGCUCCUCUUAUUUUCAACUAUGCUGUCGCCAUCGGCGAAAAUCCGCUUUCAUUCACCGCCAUUUUCCUCUCAGCAAUCCACACAGCAAGUGAUCUACAUCAAUUUUGCGAUAAUUCAUUUCAGAUGGAUAUAAACACUCUAACAGGUAUCAUCGGCGGACUUGGUAAUAUGAUUCAAAACAAUGUCCAAACUAUUAAAGUUCCAUCGAAAUUUAUCAUGGGAAGAUGGUUUCAGAUGUACAAAGCAGCCGUCAACUUUGAUGUAUUCAGAGCAGAGAUGUUCUGUCCAGUUGCAUACUUUCGACCAAACGCAGUGAUGGGAGAAGAUGGCUUCUCAAUUGAGGAGGCUUAUAGAGUGGUCUCGAAAAAUGGACCAAUUGAAACCUACAAAAGAGAUUUGAACAAAGUAGGACCCGGUCAAUAUUGGAUGUACACUGAGGAAUAUUUUUAUCCAAGACAGUUUUAUAUUGUCAAAGUUGGACCCAACUAUGAUAACGGCACAGAUGAAGAGCCUGAAAAACCAUACGAGUAUAUGAUAGUUACGGAUGCCACUCGAUUGGCCUUAAUGGUCUAUGCAAGAGAUCCAUUAACAUUCUUCCAAAAUUACAAUAAAGAAGUGGUUGAUUUCUUGGAAAAAGCUGGAUUUGGUGGUCGUAUUUUCUGGAAUUCCCCGCGGCCAAUCUACCAAGGACCAGACUGUGAAUGGCCAUCUGAAAAAGAAGUAUUUGCAAGAAGAGUUCUCAAAAAUCACGAAGAAGCCCAGAGAAGCAAAAACGAAGGCAACACAACAACGACAACGAAUGUGGGUGGUGAAAUCGCGCAAAUGCUCCAGAAUCCGCAUCUGGCACUGCAGAAACUUCUCCUUCAUCUGCUGCUGCUAUUGCAUAACUACUCAACAAUGUUCCUUUUUUUCAUUUCUAUCUCUUAUUGUUACUUUUCAUUAACUUAUGCACAACUUGAUGCAUUCGCCUUACCCGCUAUACCUCGGUAUGCAGCUAAACCCACCGUACCACCUGAAUACAAGUCAUUCUUCGAGCUUGAUGGACACGCUCGUGAACUAGUUGAAACCUUGAUUGGACCUCGCCCUGGAGGAUUUUUCCCCGAGAAAAGUUUCGAAAUUGCUCGUCCAAAUUCAGCAGCACCUACGGCAAAUGGCGGUGCCAUCGGAGAGGUAGAACGUACUCUAGAGCAGUUUUUCACAGCUCCUGAGGGUCCCUCCGACCAAAAAUUUGAAUUACCUCCUGGAUUCAACCAGGGAUUUUCUCUUGCCAACAGCAAUGGUCCUGCAACGUCGUUCUCACAUAGCAAGAAGCCUGAGUCAACGCCUAUCGAAGAAGAAGUGGAAGGAUCAGGAACAGAGGAAAAGAAUCAAUCUUCAAUUCGAGGCAUUCCCAACGUUUUUCCGGACCUCGCAAAACCACCAGUUGCUUUACAACAACCACGCGUCAAAUCGAUUGUCUCUGAUCAGCUACCUGAGGUGCCAAAGUUCCAGUCUCGGCCCGAAGUGCCUGAGGGUGGUUUUGGACCAUCAGAAGUGAGACGAGCACCGACGUCCGUUGGACAGACAGAAUCAGCAUCAGAAAGUGAUGAGUAUGGCGCUUUGACGGAUGAAAAUUCGUCGUCUGGUGGUGGUUUAAUUGGUACGAUAAUAAACUUAAUUGGACUAAGCGCAAAGAAGAGACAAAAUGCAGCUUCUGAAGCAGUGGCAUCUGCAAGUGGUCUUGGCAAAGCAGUUGGAGAUUUGAUUGGUGGUGAGAAUAGUCCGAUACCCGGGAAGAAUAUGAUUUCGAACGUUCUUUAUAAAGCACUAACGAGUGGAUCAAUUUUGGGUAACAACACUACUGAGAAUGGAACAAUACUGCCGCUUGUAUUGACCCCCGCACAGAAGGCUGCUAUAGGCGAAAACCUGGAAAUGAUUCAGAAUCUUAUCACUCAACCUUCAUCACCACUCUGUAAUCCUAAACCAGUACCAGUUGCUGAAUUCAACACCGAUGCAUUCAUGGGACAAUGGUAUCAGGUGGUCUAUAGUCCACCACUAUCAACCGGACCGUGUAGUAUGGUAUCAUAUAAAAAGCUUGCUGAUGUGAAUGAUGGUGGAGUGGGCACAAUAUUUGAAAUUUUCGAAUACACUACUGAUGGAACACCGUACACGAAACCACGAAUCAGUUCCGGCUAUGCGAUUUUAAAACAGGCUGGCGAACUUAUUUACCGAACAACCAGCUAUCAGGAGGAUGUGAAUGUGCAUGUGAUUCAUGUGGGACCGUUAGAUGCGAACGGUCAAUACAGUUUCGCAAUAAUGUCUACCAACUGCAAUUAUCCUCUCUACGUAUUCGCUCGUGAUCCCGUCGUUUACAAACAGCGAUACGAGGCGAUGGUCAAUCAAAUUCUUGAGCAAAAAGGUCUUGUCAAUGGAUUUUCACGGUUAUUAAAUAUUGUCUCAUCUGUCGACAAUACAAUAUGUACAUUCCCACCAUCGUUAUUCAGUAUCCACACUUAA